GCAAUUGCGCAAUGACCAGUCAACAAGAUUGCUAGGUGGGCCACGAUGCAAAACUCGUUUGAGAGUAAUCCCCAGUCUGUACAUUCGUGGGACUAUGACCUGAUUUUAGAGAAGAUCGGUUAUGGCAAAACGCAAUGGCUACUCUUAAUCAUUAGUGGAUUAUUGACGAUAACGUCUGUGGCUGCUCAACAAUCCAUGAGUAUUAUAGUAAUCGCUUCGCAAUGUGAAUUUGAAUCAACUCAAGCUGAUAAAGGUCUGAUGAUGGCUGCCUGUGUUGCAGGACUAUUUUUCUCCACCUAUAUAUGGGGAUACAUCAGCGACGACAUUGGGCGUCGAAAAGUUUUACUCUGCGGUGUUUUCGCCAGCAACAUAUUACAGUUCGUUCUUAUGUUCGUUACAAACAUUUGGACUUUUAACAUAAUUAACUUACUCGUUGGUAUCAGCAUUGGAGGUGUCUCAGCCGCAAUAUAUGCCUAUUUAAGUGAAUUCAAUACGCCCAAACAUCGAGCAGUGGCUAUAAACUAUUCAACAAUGUUCGUCAGCGUGACUGCAAUAUAUGUUCCAGUGACUGCUUGGAUGGUGCUGUCGUCUAACUGGUCCCUCAGCAUAGGAGAUUUUGUUUUUCGGCCUUGGCGUUUAAUUAUGUUUAUAAGCCUUCUACCCGGACUAAUUGGGGGAUUGCUACUAUUACGCUAUCCGGAAAGCCCGAAGCUUUUACUAUCGCAAAAUAAGAUCGAUGAGGCAAUACAAGCUGUGGCGUGGAUUUGUAAAUUUAAUCGAGGCAAAUCUCUAAAGGACUUGCUAAGUUGUGACGAAUUUAUGCUAAAACCAGAAGCUGGAUCUGUCGAGAACUCGAUGGAUAAUAGCCACAGAUUUAUUUUAUCAAAAAUUGCACGUGCAACCGUUCCCCUCUUUUAUAAGCCCCAUGGAUUCUACUUUGUAAUUAGCAAUUUGGCAGUGUUUGGGAUGUUUUUCAGCUCAAAUGGUAUGCAGUUCUGGUUUCCAGAAAUCGUAAAUCGGUCAUCUGCUUCUCUCAAUGACACAUCUACCGUUUGCCAAAUAUUAAUGGAGUACGAAACAAAGGCAGAAAAUUCAACACUGGCCUGCUCAGAUCACAUAUCAAGCAAAACAUACAUAGACAAUGUAAUUGUUGGAGUCGCCUUUUUAAUUGGAUUUUCUAUUCAAGGCACUCUAAUUAACCCCUUAGGUCGGAAAAACGUUCUGAUGGCUGCGCUCAUUAUUGCGACGUUUUCCGGUAUCUGUCUUCAUUUUUUUGGAAACCGAACGGCAGUACUUGUUUUAUUUUGCCUUUAUAUACUUCUUCCGGGGCUUUCGAUUUCCAUCAUGCUCGGUGCAAUAGUUGAUCUGGUUCCAACUCACCUAAGGGGAAAAGCUGUAAGCUUUUGCAUGUCCUUGGGGCGACUUGGAAUCAUCGCAGCUACAAACUUAAUGGGAUUUAUGUUACAGCCAUACUGUAAUACAACAUUCGCAAUCUGCAAUUUUAUUCUCUUUGUGUGUGUCGUACUUGUUUAUAUCAUACCAAUCCAGACGUCUACAUAGUACCAUUGUACCAACUGAUUAAACUUACCUACUUAUAAUUAUUACAUUCUUAUUACAUACACACAUACAUUAUGGAAAUGUUACGUUUUGAAAAGUUGAAAUACACUAAGAAUUUUGUGACU